UGCCGGUCUCUUUAAGGCUCUGCCGCGCCUGCGCCUUGGGCUUUCCUGACGCGGCCGGCCAGACCCUGGAGUAGCCUGCGGGCGGGCAGGGUUGGGGUCGGGUAGUAGUUAAGGCAGUGGCGGUGCCCAGAGGGGUGGUUGAGGGUUGGAGGAGGCUCUGAGCUCGUCAGUGAGCUCGGCGCUUGAGAACGGGCGGGGAAGGCGGCCCGCGGAGUCGAAGCCGGGGCCGAGGCGCUGAGACGCGGCGGCGAGGCUGCCGGCUGGAUGGGAAGUUAAUGUUUACGGCGGAGUCCACCCAACGUUUCCAAGGUGGCGACAGACAAGGUUGCAGAAAAGCUGAGUUCUACUCUCUCAUGGGUGAAGAACACAGUAUCACAUACAGUCAGUCAGAUGGCCAGUCAGGUGGCAAGUCCAUCUGCCUCAUUACACACUACAUCCUCAUCUACCACACUAUCCACGCCAGCCCUUUCACCAUCUUCCCCUUCACAGUUGAGUCCAGACGACUUAGAACUCCUGGCUAAACUGGAGGAACAAAAUAGAUUGUUAGAGACGGAUAGUAAGUCUUUAAGAUCUGUAAAUGGGUCAAGAAGAAACAGUGGCUCCUCCCUUGUAUCAAGUUCAUCAGCCUCUAGCAACCUCAGCCACCUUGAAGAAGAUUCUUGGAUUCUUUGGGGAAGAAUUGUUAAUGAAUGGGAAGAUGUACGCAAAAAGAAGGAAAAGCAAGUUAAGGAGCUUGUUCGUAAAGGGAUACCUCACCAUUUUAGAGCAAUAGUUUGGCAACUUUUAUGCAGUGCACAAAGUAUGCCAAUUAAGGAUCAGUAUUCAGAACUCCUGAAAAUGACCUCACCUUGUGAAAAAUUGAUCCGAAGGGACAUUGCUAGAACUUAUCCUGAACACAAUUUCUUUAAGGAAAAAGACAGCCUUGGACAGGAGGUUUUAUUUAAUGUAAUGAAGGCAUAUUCUUUAGUGGAUCGUGAGGUUGGUUACUGUCAAGGAAGUGCUUUUAUAGUUGGAUUGUUGCUUAUGCAGAUGCCAGAAGAAGAAGCUUUCUGUGUAUUUGUUAAAUUAAUGCAAGAUUAUAGACUUCGUGAACUUUUUAAGCCAAGUAUGGCAGAAUUGGGCCUAUGUAUGUACCAGUUUGAAUGCAUGAUACAGGAGCAUCUUCCAGAGCUCUUUGUACAUUUUCAGUCUCAGAGUUUUCAUACCUCAAUGUAUGCAUCAUCCUGGUUUCUGACUAUCUUUCUUACGACUUUUCCAUUACCAAUUGCAACAAGGAUAUUUGAUAUCUUUAUGUCUGAGGGUUUAGAAAUAGUAUUUCGAGUAGGAUUGGCACUUCUUCAAAUGAAUCAGGCAGAACUGAUGCAACUUGACAUGGAAGGGAUGUUACAGCACUUUCAGAAGGUCAUUCCACAUCAGUUUGAUGGUGGCCCAGACAAAUUAAUCCAGGCAGCUUACCAAGUCAAAUAUAACUCAAAAAAAAUGAAAAAGCUUGAAAAGGAAUAUACUACAAUAAAAACUAAAGAAAUGGAAGAGCAAGUUGAAAUUAAAGUAAGCAUCUCAGGACUUUUAAAAAGAUUACGCACAGAAAAUAGACUUUUAAAACAGCGCAUUGAAACAUUAGAAAAAGAAAGUGCUUCCUUGGCAGAUAGAUUGAUACAGGGACAAGUGACAAGAGCCCAGGAGGCUGAGGAAAACUACCUCAUAAAACGGGAGUUGGCCACCAUCAAACAGCAGAGUGAUGAGGCCAGUGCUAAACUGGAGCAAGCUGAAAAUACCAUCAGGAAGCUCCAGCACCAACAACAAUGGCAUAAAUGCAAUUCCAACUACAAUGAAGAUUUUGUGCUGCAACUAGAGAAGGAAUUGGUCCAAGCUCGUCUGAGUGAAGCUGAGUCUCAGUGUGCACUAAAGGAGAUGCAGGAUAAAGUCCUGGAUAUAGAGAAGAGAAACAACUCCUUUCCUGAUGAGAAUAACAUUGCAAGGCUUCAGGAAGAGCUCAUUGCUGUGAAACUGAGAGAAGCAGAAGCUAUUAUGGGUUUGAAAGAACUUAGACAACAAGUCAAGGAUUUAGAGGAACACUGGCAGCGCCACUUAGCUCGUACUACUGGGAGGUGGAAAGAUCCACCAAAGAAGAAUGCUGUGAAUGAGUUACAGGAUGAACUGAUGACCAUUCGACUUAGAGAAGCUGAAACUCAGGCAGAAAUAAGAGAAAUAAAACAAAGGAUGAUGGAAAUGGAAACACAGAAUCAGAUCAAUAGUAACCAUCUUCGAAGAGCAGAACAAGAGGUGAUCAGUCUACAUGAGAAGGUGCAGUAUCUUUCCGCACAGAACAAAGGACUACUUACUCAAUUAAGUGAAGCAAAGCGCAAACAAGCAGAGAUUGAAUGCAAGAACAAGGAAGAAGUGAUGGCUGUGAGACUCCGGGAAGCAGAUAGCAUAGCUGCUGUGGCUGAAUUACAGCAGCACAUUGCUGAGCUGGAAAUCCAGGCAACUACUUUUCUACUUUAAAAGCAGCCUGAGGGGCGCCUGGGUGGCUCAGUUGGUUGAGUGUCCGACUUCAGCUUAUGUCACGAUCUCGCGGUCUGUGAGUUCGAGCCCCGCGUUGGGCUCUGGGCUGACGGCUCAGAGCCUGGAGCCUGCUUCCGAUUCUGUGUCUCCCUCUCUCUCUGCCCCUCCCCCGUUCAUGCUCUGUCUCUCUCUGUCUCAAAAAUAAAUAAAUGUUAAAAAAAAAAAUUUAAUUAUAAAAGCAGCCUGAAAGGAAAAGGAGCAAAACCUAGUGCAGUAAACUUUAAACAUGACAGCUAAGAAAAGAAAUAAAUUAGUCUAGAACAAAGAGGCCUAGUAGGGCUUGGCUUCUAACCUCAACUGUCUCCUUUUCCUAUCCUGUUCACCAAGCUAGAUAGGUAAGUCAGCAAAAUCGCCCGAAGAUUCUUUCAUAUCCCAAAUGUAAAGAGAAAGAAAAUGAGUAUGUAAUUUUCUGAAUGAGGAAUUUCAGAAACUUCUGGAAGAACAAUCCAGUCAAAGAGAUUAAAAAGUAAAAAUCUGGAUUUUAGAUUUUUUUUUUUUUUUUUUUUUUUUAACGUUUAUUUAUUUUUGAGACAGAGAGAGACAAAGCAUGAACGGGGGAGAGGCAGAGAGAGAGGGAGACACAGAAUUGGAAGCAGGCUCCAGGUUCUGAGCCAUCAGCCCAGGGCCCGACGCGGGGCUCAAACUCACGGACCGCGAGAUCGUGACCUGAGCUGAAGUCGGACGCUUAACCGACUGAGCCACCCAGGCGCCCCGAAAAUCUGGAUUUUAAAGUGAAGGCCUUGGGGAUAACACACUGAAUUUGGGGAAUUAUAUGAAUCUUAAAACCCAGGUUUUGACGUAUAUCCUCCCAGUUAGAUAAUAACAGAUAUUUAACAAAAUCUCAGAAGAAUAAGGUCCUUAUUUAGCCAGGUUCUUCCUUUCCCUGUGUUAUUCCUCAGGCUAUACAAAAGUUCUCAAAGAAACUUGAGCUUGGAGGGCAAAGAAAAUAGAUUUUUAAAUAUGGUGGAAAAAAGAGUUAAUAAGUAACCUAUAUUCUUAAAGCAUUUGAAAUAUCUUGAUAGUCACCCAGCCAUGAGCAUGAGAAGAAAUGGCACAGCAACUUGGUUUAUAUUAUUUCAGCAAAAAAAGAGAAAGAAAGAAGGAAGGUAACUUAAGGAUAAGGGAGGAAUUACAAUUGCUUCAUGCUAUGAAACAAACAUGACUUCAAUAAAAUUAAGAAAUCAAAAGAUGAUAAAAAAUACUGAUGUAAGAAAUAAGAUGGUGCUAGGGAAGCAAAUUGAAACCCAGUGCAUCACUGCAGAAACUAGAAAAGAGUAGUCUAUUCAAAUAAACAGUAUUGAAAAGUAGAAUACUGGCAUGGAAGAAAAGCUUGAGAUAAUCAUAGUGAAUGCAGAGAUUAAGAAUGUAAAAUAGUUAUUAGCUAACAGGUAUGGAUGAAUGAUAGAUAAUCUAACACUAAGGAUAACUGGUGUCCCACAAUAAAUAGAAAGAAGAUGUAUUAAAAAAAAUAUGAACAGUUUCACAUAUGAGUGAAAUCAUGAUAUUUGUCUGUCUCUGACUGACUUAUUUCACUUAGCAUUUUACCCUUAGAUCCAUUGUGUUGUUGCAAAUGGUAAGUCUCAUUCUUUUUUAUGGUUGAGUAAUAUUCCAUUGACUAUAUCUACCAUAUCAUUUCUCUCAUAUGUGAAAUUUAAGAACCUAAACAGGGGCACCUAACUGGCUCAGUCAGAAGAGCAUGCAACUCUUCAUCUCAGGGUCGUGAGUUUGAGCCCCAUGUUGGGUAUAGAGAUUAUUUACAGACAGACAGACAGACAGACAUACACUUAAAAAAAACAAA